CUACUGCGUUAUAACCCAUCGCGGUAUGAUUUCCAUCUUCUUCGGUGGCGUAUUUUUAUUUAUAAACUCGUAAUUUAGCAAACACGCAAUAAGUAUCCGCUCGUCAAGUGAUCUCUCGGACUGCUGGGGCCAGAUUUGGCAACGCCAGAACAUUGACCAACGUAGCCCUUUCCCUUGUGCACGAAAGUUCGCGGUGGCGACAGUUUUUUGCCUGUAACAACAAAACACAAUCCGUGCUUCGUAGCUUACCUCCGGAAAUCCUGGUCCACAUGCUGGAAGAAGCGCAGCAGUGGACGGCACAAAGGCAACACGAUGGAAUCCAUAUACAGAAUAGGCACCACGGUGCUGCAGGGCAUUUUCGACAGCAUCAAAGGCAUUACGGUUGUGUUCUACCUCGACAAGGAGGCGAACCGCAAGAUUAGCCAACCUAGACCGACUAAGGAAAGCCUAUCGACCCAAUCGACUCCGCCGCAGGCUUCGAAACGAUCGAUCGAAGAAUCCAAGGUGCUGAAGCGUGUGGUCCAGUGUUCGAUGCUAAAUGGUGGCAUCUUUAUGCUCAGCAUCCUGUUCUUCGAGUAUGCGGUCCUGCCGGGGCUGCACCUUUUCCUCUGGUAUCUGUUCCGCAGCUCGACCACAUUGACGACGGUGUGGGGUUGGAUGCAGCCAUCGCUAUCGCUGCUGUUCAACUCCUUCUGGGUAGCACCGCUCUUCCUACUCAGCAAGAUCGUCAACAGUCUCUGGUUUCAGGAUAUCGCCGAUUCGGCCUACAAGUUUCGCAAGGGUCGGCCCCAGCUGAUACCGAGCAUCAGCAAGCUGAUUGCCGACACGCUGAUCAGUCUACUCAUACAGAUCCUGUUUCUGCUGCAGAGUACGCUGGUCAAGUACCUACCCGUGCCGGUACCAUUCGCGUGCAGUGCCCUCUACAUGGUGCACAUGAGCUUGCUGUGCGCAUUGUACGCCUUUGAGUACAAGUGGUUCAACAUGGGCUGGGAACUGCACAAACGGCUGACCUAUAUCGAGCAAAACUGGCCAUACUUCCUAGGGUUUGGCCUUCCGCUAGCGGCUCUCUCCGAGCUUCCUAACUCAAUUGUUAUCAGUGGCUGUGUGUUUUCGGUGCUUUUUCCACUGUUCAUCAUCAGUGCCAACGAAGCUACCCCGAAGGUGGACGUUUGUGAGACUCCGCUCAAACUGUUCUCGAUCGUAGUCGCAGUCACUAAUGCGCUGUUUCGAGGUCGAUCGAAAUCUGGAAAGGCCGCUCUUUCACAACCGCUGACACCGAAUGCGAGAGGUCUAACGCCACCUCUAUCCUCCUCGACAUCUUCAUUCGGCUUUCAAUCUUCAGCACAGUUCCAGCAGCAGCAGUACCAACAGCAGCAACAUCGUCACCAUCAUCGACAUCAUCGAUCACAUCAGCGCAAUCCGUCUCCCUCACCGUCCGGCGCAUCGUCCUUUGCUUCCUCGGCCUCCGUCCUGACGGCACAGCAAACCCUACUCAGCAGGCCGUUACGACGGUAGGGCUACAUCGAUCGAGUCCAGAUCGUGUCUUGCAAUCCGGAAAACCAAGAAGGUGCUAGUUGUGAGAGUAGGCUAAUAAGGAAAAAACAAUUCUAUUGGAUACAACGAUGAGCAAGCUCAAAUCAGAACGAACGCAAACAAUUUACCGACUGAUGCGAACCGUUCGUGAGAUAGUGCGAGAGUGAGAGCAACACCCAGGACGCCCCCCCGCUGGCCGAAAUGGAGAAGACACCGCCAACAGCUUGUGCAGCAUCAAAACCGCGACAAUCGCGCGCCAAAUAUUCACCAAUUAAAGGUUGCCUUUGAUAUGUUUCGUUCGUAAUGUUAGGGGCCGAAGGUGAUAUGAAGACCGAGGCGUAAGGCAGCAGGGCAAAGGUCGCUUUGCAUUCUUUCUGCUUUCUUUUUUUAUACUCUUGUAAUAGUGCUAGACCGUUUUCGAGACCGAAGGCAGAAUUCGUAAAUGGGUGAAGGCAACGAGUAGUAGUAAUAAUAGUACUAAACGAAGUAGUGUAGCACAACGCCUACUGACUGACAUAUGCGCUCGGUAUAAGGGAACCUGCUGUAUAUUGCUACCGGUCGCUGACCAACUUUACCCACGCGAACAUCGAUAUUUAGCCAAGCAAGCUGCGAAUAUUAUGAUAACCCGGUUUGUACUUCUAGUUUGGGUUGGGAGUAUUCGGAAUUUGAUUUGGGCAGCUGUACGAGAAAAAGUGCUACACAUGUAGUAAUGUUAGGGAAUAACAAAUGACAGCAUAGAUACGAGGAUAACCAUACACUUUUUUACUCCAGCAUCCGUCACUUAUUGAGGGAAAAACACAAACUCAGCUUCAUGGAAGUUUCUUUUAGCUUUUUUGUGGUACGUUGUGGUUAUAUACGUUAAACAGCAGCUGCAAGCUGAGCCUACUACAACGUCGUCGUGCAACGGGAAUAAACUUUCAGUUAAACUCUUCCA